AUGAGGACAACGCGGCGGGCAAAGGUUCAUGUGGGUGCACCCAUGGAGCGCAGCCGUAUGCGGAGGUCGACACAGUCACUGAGGCGACCGACCGCGCCGCGGCGGAAGACCCGCAAGCGCAGUAGCUCGAGCCGCGCAGCUGCAGCUGCAUCUGUAGCAACACCAGGCACAACGAGAAGGCCGCGUGCCACAAGGCAGCUCUUGCCUCGGGCGACUACCGAUGUCGGAUGGCAACAGACUGGAGCGAGGUUGAGGUCCGAGUCUGGGUCUGAGUCUGGGUCGGAGAGAUCUGCGAGGGCGUCGGCUGUGGCGCAGACGGGCAGCGGUGAGAUCCGGCCCGGAAAGCUUGCUGAUGGCGCGUCCACUGAGGGCCGCCAGCAAAAGCAGUCAUCGCAGCCGGCGGUGUCCAAGCGCGGGCGGCCACUGGCCAAGGCGAGGGCAGAGUACAACAAGGCUGCGAGCUUGGUGCGGACGAUGAGUCAACAGACCAGGGGCAUUAUGUAUGGGUACUCGACCAACGAGCUGGCGAUGGCGCAGCGACGCUGGGCAGCGGCCGCAUUUGUGGCAGAGCUGGCAUCUGUUGAACUCGCGGCCGCGGCGGCGUGGACCGAGAUCAGCGGCUCAGGGCGGGCCAGCAGCAAAGCGCUCGUUCGAUCACAGCGCCGGUACAAGACAGCGCAGGCGAGUGCGUGCGCCAUGUUUUCGGCGCUGAUAGUACUUGCCUCUGUGCCGGACGUGCCGACCGCCGACGCCGAGUGGGCGGUCCCGGAGCUCUCCGGCAGUCAACACGACCCGCGGCACGCCAAGAUCCAGGUUCCGCGCUCGCAGGCUGCGAUGCAAAAGUCAAGGGUAGCGGCGAUGACUAAGCCACCAAUGCCAGCAAUCGUCGCUCUCCACGGCUUUGUUUACCGUGGCUCGCCGCUCAUCGCGGUCGUGCUGCAAGGCUCGAGUCAGCGUAGCACGCAGCUGGUGGCGCUCGGCACGCACGCGGGCGAAAUGUUGUUUCUCGGCAGGCUGCUGUUGAAGGAGAUCAGCCUCGCUGCAUGGCAUGUGGUGCGCGAGGGCCAGCUCGAUGACAUGGACGAAGCAAGUAACUCGAGCGGGACUCUUGCUGCGGACAGCCACGAAGCAGCCGACGAGAGCGGGGACGAGAACGAGGGUGACAGCAGGAAGCGGCUCUUUGUAUCACCGCGGCCAAAGUCGUCGCUGUAUGGCGGUGUCAAUCCGACCGAUGCAGAGCUUCAGGCGCGCCGCGCUGACCAGACUGUCGGCGCCGACACAUUUUGCCGCCCCGAGUGGAGCAGCAUUGCGCUGGACGGAUUUGUCUACCGCGGCCGGCCGCUCGAAGCGCAGUGGGCUGCGGUUCCUGGCGAGAUGCGACUGGGCCACUGUCGCUUCUCCAUCCGUGUCCCGGCCGAGACCACGGCUGGAUUGUUCCGGCUUGAAGUGGGCUCGUUCCUUCUGACGGAGGACGAGUUGAUGGCGGCUGCGCAUGCGGUGGUGGCGGCCGGCCAGCAGCAGGACAGCCGCAAGCGCGAGUCACACGCGCCAAUCAGCGAGCAGCGACCGGUGCGCCGACGGCACAGGCUACAGUCGGCACCGCGGAAGAGUGUCAGCGACAUUCCUGCCCUGCUUGUGCAGCUCUUUCCGGGCGCAACGCCGAGGAAGGACCCGCGCGAUGAUGUGGAGCAGGCGUCGCGGCAGUGGGCAGCGUCGCGACCGUCGCGGCGGACGGCGACCAAGAUGAGUCGCAUCGAGAUGGAGACGCUUGUUGUUGGAGGUGUGCAGUUGCGCGCGGUUGUGAAGCGCGACUUUGCUCAUCCAACCCGCGAGGGCAUGGCGUACUUUGAGAUCCGCGCCGAUAAGGUUGUGUUGUUUGAGGGCUGGCUCACGCCCGAAGAGGUGUCAUAUGUGGGCUGGCGGCUGUGUGUGGAGGACGCAGGGCGGGCGAUGCCUGGCAAUGGAGGCGCGGCCCAUGUUGCGCUGCUGGAGGCCAUGUCAAACGUGGCACAUAAGCUGGAGACUGUCAACCAAACGCGGACCACGGCGAUACGGAGCAAUGCUCGGCGGCACACGUUGUACUGGAAGCGGUUUGUGGAACGGGUUGAGGCUGCAGUGGCGCGCAAGAUGCAAGAACGUACCGAGGCGAAGCGCGUGGUGAGGCAAUGUGUGCCGACACAGCAGAGAGAGACGGCGACGCUGUUCAGGCCAGCGGCUGUGCAGCCUGCGAACGAGACGGUGGAGGACCUUGACAGCCGCGACUUUGUCUCGCCGUACCAAGGCGGCGAGCCCGCGUUUGAUCCGCGCGACCGAUCCGAGCAGAAUGCACGUGCUGAGCAAGUCAUGUUUGCAAAGCGGACGGGCAAGUACUCGCGUGCAGGACCCGUUGACACGCUCCCGGAUGUAUCCGGCUACCUGGUGAACGGGCAGCCGGUCGAGGUGGUGACCAAGACGUCGCGGUGCCAUCCGAUGAGCCCCGAGCUUGCCUAUCACACUAUUCGCGCUGGCACGCGGGAGUUCUCGGGAUGGCUUUCUGUGGAAGAAGUGGCGUAUGUGACGCACUGUCUUGUAGUCGAAGCGGCCGGCUCGCGGGCCAUCCAUCUUGUCUCGCUGGCUGCGCCGACCGGCGGCAGCUCAGGGCCCGGUGAGAAGCAGACGAUGUCGACGCCGGUGCUGAGCACGUUCUCCGAGUAUGAUGGCCAGCCGCUGGCAGAGUGCGCGUCCAACCCGCGCGUCCGGCUUGGGCGACUCGAGAAGGCGCGCAUUGCCGGCAUCCGACUCAACGGCCGGGCUAUCGGCGGUGGAAGUGGGCGCGCGGAGAGCCCGUUUGACCUCAGCGAAUACGCCGGAGCGUUUUGGAUCAGAGGUGAGCCGUUGACGAUCUCAACGCGCAUGACGGCGCCGCACCCAAGCAAUCCGGAGUUUGCGUACAGAACGGUCCGAUGCGGGCGGCGAACACUGUUCACCGGAUGGGCGACCAAUGACGAGGUGCUCUGGAUCGCGCACAAGCAGGUGCAGCUUGCGGCCGAGGAUGAGAAGCGGGCAAAGGCCAGGGCCGAGCGGGCGCAGCAGAAAAGCCGCGAGCGAGCGGCGCGGCGAGCGGCGCGGCGGGCAGCGCGUGCAGCGCGAGAGCGCGCCGAUGUCAAGCAGGUGAAGGCACUGGCAGCGACGCUACAGCGGGCAGGGCUCGCAUGCGCUGCAGCCGCCGAGAUCGAGCUACAGCAGCAGGUGAUUGAUCGCGAAGCAGCGGCAGCAUCAGCGCGCGCCGCAUCGGUGGCGUUCAAGCGGGCGGCUUUGCGGAAGCGGGCGCGGUCACGGCCGGCGGCGCGCCGUGCCGCGUUGACGGAGGAUGAAUGUGGCGGUGCAGUAGACGAGGCUGUGCUCGUGCGCGUGAUGGGCGAGAUCGAAGCUCGGGCGAGCAAGCGCAAGGCUGGUGCGUCUGACCGCGGUGACGGAGGAUGA